AUGACGGUGGAAACAUUAUUCAACACGGCUCCCGAGUUACAUUUAAUAUCGGCUACUGAAGUGAUCCACUCUACGGCACAACAAUCAAGUCGAGAACAGCGUUUGCAGGCGUUGCAGUUUCUUCGGUACCAGGCAACGGCGCAUGGCGACAUUGAAGCCAAGACCAAGCUAUGCACCAUCUACAGCCAAUCGAGCCAUGCUAUGGCAGCCAAUGAGCGAGAAGCCGACAUGUGGGCACAGAGUGUGUUCGACAAGCAGUUGUCUGAUGCAUUGACAUCGUGUGCCGAGUACCUUGCUCAUCAUGAACCCUUGUCUGACAAUACGGUGGAUGUGAUUCUUCAAGGCAGCAGCCAUGGUGGUGGAACGCAAGUAGCGUAUCUGGCAGGCUUGUUACUGACACGAGGCAUUGGUGUGGAUCGCGAUCGUACGCGAGGCAUGGCUCUUUUGGAACAGGCGGCCGAGGAACAGGGCGAAGCUGCUUAUGAGCUUGGACGUUUAUAUGGGGAUCGAUACACAGACUCACUCAACGACAUUUCCAAAUCCAUUGCAUGGUACGAGCGUGCUGUAGCGUUGGGACAAACCAAGGCCUAUGUGGAUCUCGCUUAUGGAUACUAUAAUCACAACAAUGAUAAUGACAAGGAACGGAUAGCAGCAGCCACACGCUAUGCCACCCUAGGCGCUGAACAAAGCAAUGAUCGCUUUUGCCAAUACAUUCUCGGUCAUCUUGCCGCUGUCGAGGAAGACAAUACCGACAAGGCCAUUGAAUGGCUCACCCAAUCAGCACAACAAGACUUUGCCGUCGCUAUCGAAGAAUUAGCAAGCAUUUAUAUGAAGAAACAAGCGUACAAGGAUGCAUUGCAUUGGUGCACCAAGGGCUCAGAUAUUCCCUUUUGCCAAACUGCGCUAGGCGAUAUGUACCGUAAUGGUUGGGGCGUGGAUCGUGAUUAUCAAAAGGCUUUCCAAUAUUACCAAACAGCUGCCAGUCAACCAGAGGCACCCAAUCAUUAUGCACAACACAUGCUCGGUGAAAUGUUCCUCAAUGGAGAAGGUAUUCCUCAAGAUACAGCUGUUGCUAAAGAAUGGUUCCAAAUUGCAGCAGCACAAGGCUACGAACCUGCAAGACAAAAGCUAAUGGUGCUGGCACAUGAGCAACAACAACAACAACAUCGUAUGUCCAUGGCAUCCAAUUCCUCUUCUCCUCCUCCCACACCUCAAAAGAAACCCAAUCGAUGGUCUGCUCUCAGCCUCUUUGGUAAAAAGAAAUAG